AUGGUUCAUUUCUUCCAUUUCUCUCGAUCCAAAUCUCAACCUCAACCGGAGUCUCAAUCUCUAUCUCAAUCUCCUUCUCCUUCUCCUUUGCCUUUGCCUUCGCCUUCGCCUUCCAAAUCCAAAUCCAAAUCCCACAAACUUCAACAUUCCCCCUCCUCUCAUCUCCCUCGCAAAUCCUCCAAAUCCUCCAAAUCCUUCUCCCGCCCCCCUCAUAGUCGCUCGUCUUCCUCACCCUCCACUUCCUCUUCUCGCCCUCAUCGAUAUUCUCACGACCCCGACUCUCAUCCGCUGAAUCUCCCGCCGGACGAGCUUCGUCGUCUGUCAGCCAUGGCCGCCGCCGCCGCUGCUGCUGACCCCCGCAGCUCCAUGGAUAUCGACUCCAAUGAUCCUGUCAAUGGCACCGAGUCUCAUCAGAAGAGUCCAACCCCGCCACCUCAUCGCUCCAAUGGCAACACACACGAAGCCGACACUUUCAAGCUGGCCGGUAAUAAGUUUUUCAAGGAUAAGGAUUAUAAUAGGGCUAUUCAAGAAUUUACAAAGGCUAUCGAUCUCAACCCCAACAACUCCAUCUACCGAUCCAACCGGGCCGCCGCCAAUAUGGCCGCCUCUCGAUAUCUCGAUGCUCUAGAGGACGCCGAACGAGCGGACGAGCUUGACCCCGCCAACCCCAAGAUCAUGUACCGCCUGGCUCGCAUCCUCACCAGUCUUGGUCGCCCUGCCGAGGCCCUCGAGGUACUCGAUCGCAUUCAGCCCCCGCCCUCGGCAACAGACCGUCAACCCGCUGAGAAGAUGCUUCGUUUUGUUACCCAGGCGAAAGAGACCUUGGCUGAGAAUCGGGGUGUGUCCAUGGUGGUGUUCUGUCUCGACCAGGCUCGACAGCUCCUGGGCUCCACCGUCAAGGAACCCCGCUCGUGGACCCUGAUGACGGCAGAAGCUCAGUUGAAGAUGGCUACCGCCAACUCGUUCGGCAAGGCGCAGGAUAUCGCCAUCAACAUGCUCCGAGCCAACAGCCAGGAUCCCGAUGCUUUGAUGAUCCGCGCACGGGCCUACUAUGGCUUGGGGGAGACCGAACAGGCGCUGAAGUCGCUCAGACUGUGCAUUGGGUUGGAUCCCGACCUGAAGCCGGCCAUCAAGCUCCUGCGCACCGUGCAGAAGCUCGUACGCACCAAGGAAGAGGGUAACGCGGCGUUCAAGGCCAAGGAUUACCGCAAGGCCAUCGACCUCUACACCGAGGCCCUCGGAGUAGACCCCACCAACAAAGACAUGAACUCCAAGAUCCUGCAGAACCGCGCUCAGGCCCACAUCAACCUCAAGGAGUUCGAUGACGCGGUCAACGACUGCACCGAGGCUCUGCGACUCGAUCCAUCCUACCUCAAGGCUCUGAAGAUGCGUGCCAAGGCGUCCGGUGGCGCUGGAAACUGGGAGGAAGCCGCCCGCGACUACAAGGCUGUGGCGGAGUCCAACCCCGGCGAGAAGGGUAUCCAGGAAGACAUCCGCCGGGCGGAAUUCGAACUCAAGAAGGCCCAGCGCAAGGACUACUACAAGAUCCUCGGGGUGGGCAAGGAUGCCUCCGAGACAGAUAUUAAGAAGGCCUACCGCAAGCUCGCCAUCCAGUACCAUCCCGAUAAGAACCGGGACGGGGAAGCUGGCGAUGAGAAGUUUAAGGAGAUCGGGGAAGCCUAUGAAACGCUGAUUGAUUCCCAGAAACGUGCGGCAUACGAUAACGGUGACGAUUUGAUUGACCCCUCUGAGAUGUUCUCUCGCGGCGGCUUCGGCGGCAUGGGUGGUAUGGGUGGUAUGGGUGGUAUGGGUGGAAUGCAUGGAAUGCACGGCAUGGGCGGUAUGGGCGGUAUGGGCGGCACUCAUAUCAACAUCGACCCCAGCGUGCUCUUCAACAUGAUGAACGGAGGCGGCGGCGGCGGUGGUGGUGGUGGUGGAUUCUCCCACGCGGGCGGCAACAACCCCUUCGGUGGACAAACUCGCGGGGGAUUCCCGGGCGGGUUCCCAUUCUAA